AUGGCCAGUACACCUCAUGGCGGAAUUCUGAAAGACCUUGUUGCACGAGAUGAGCCGAUAUCCGGACAGCUCAAAGAAGAGGCUGCAAGGCUCAAGGACAUUGUGCUCACCGAGCGGCAACUUUGUGAUCUUGAACUGAUUAUCAAUGGUGGCUUUAGUCCAUUAGAAGGGUUCAUGAAUGAAGGUGAUUAUACAAGUGUCGUCGAUACACUACGGCUGUCUGAUGGCACCCUCUUUUCUAUGCCUAUCACCCUUGACGUAUCUUCUGCCGAUGUCGAACGUCUCAGCAUAGUACCUGGCGCUCGCAUUGCCCUCCGUGAUCCUCGUGAUGAUGAAGCACUUGCAAUCAUCACCGUUGAUGAUGUCUACACCUAUGACCGCGUCAAGGAGUGUAUUCAAGUUUUUGGUGCUGAUGACGCAGCACACCCUUCCGUCGCGUACCUCCGUAACUGCGUCAAGCCUUUCUAUGUGGGAGGAAAGGUACAAGCCAUACAGGCGCCAUCACAUUUCGAUUACGUUGCUCUCCGAUACACCCCUACUGAGCUCCGUGCCCACUUUAAAAAACUUGCAUGGCGCAGAGUCGUCGCUUUCCAGACCCGGAAUCCAAUGCAUCGUGCUCACCGUGAGCUCACCAUUCGUGCUGCUCGCCAACGUCAGGCGAACGUCCUGAUCCACCCCGUCGUCGGUCUUACCAAGCCAGGAGAUGUCGAUCACUAUACCCGUGUCCGCGUGUACGAAGCCAUCAUGGCCAAGUACCCAAAUGGCAUGGGUCACCUUGCGCUCCUUCCUCUCGCCAUGCGCAUGGCAGGUCCCCGUGAGGCGGUAUGGCAUGCAAUCAUUCGAAAGAACUUUGGUGCAACACACUUCAUCGUCGGUCGUGACCAUGCUGGACCAGGAAAGAACUCACAAGGCAAAGAUUUCUACGGACCAUAUGACGCACAAGAACUUGUUGAGAAGUACAAGGAUGAGCUGCAGAUCGAGAUGGUUCCAUUCCAACAAAUGACAUACCUCCCCUCCACCGAUGAGUAUCAACCUGUGGACGAAAUACCCGCUGGAUCGCAGACUCUGGAUAUCUCAGGCACGGAGCUGCGCAGACGAUUGAAAUCAGGGGCACAUAUCCCUGACUGGUUCAGUUACGAGGCUGUGGUGAAGAGGUUGCGAGAGAGUUACCCACCAAGAGACAAGCAGGGCUUUGUUCUGUGUCUUACUGGCCUUUACAAUUCUGGAAAAGACAUCAUUGCCAAGGCCCUCCAAGUCGCACUCAACGAACAGGGUGGUCGCAGCGUAUCCCUUCUCCUGGGCGAGACCGUGCGAGAUGAUGUUAAUGCCAGGCUGGGCUUCACACCAGAUGAGCGCCACGAAAACUUGCAAGGCAUAUCUUUUGUCGCAGGCGAACUCGCCCGCGCUGGGGCAGCUGUCAUUGCUGCACCUAUCGCCCCUGAAGAGCGGUCACGAGCGUUGGUGAAGGAUACUGUUGUCCAAAAUGGCGGUGCAGGAGGAAACUUCUUCCUCAUUCAUGUGGCGACGCCUCUUGAGCAUUGCGAACGCACUGACCGCAAAGGUGUUUAUGCCCAAGCGCGUCGCGGAGAGAUCAGAGGUUUCGUCGGUGUUGACACCGAGUAUGAGGUGCCAAAGAAAGCAGACCUGGUUGUGGACGUGACCACACAGAGUAUACCUUCCAUCGUGCACAGCAUCGUGCUGUUGCUUGAGACUACCUCGCUGCUAUGA